CCACCAAGCUGCACAUGUCUCGGAGUUUUCUCUCCUGAAUGUUUUUAUAUCUACUCGUCGAACCAGCCCAAAUGUCUCUGGCGCCGCACAUUCACUGGAAACACUUUUCCAGCUUCAGCCAGACGGUAGACAGAGCCUGUACUUGGCUUUUCUAUCGUUCAGGAGGAUGAUUUUCUCGGAUAUGACCCAUAUACUGCAGCUAUUAAAUACAACCUGAAUAGACCGUGUAUCUCUCACCUCACGUACGGUCAUGGAUCAGUCCACCACUACCAGCGUCGAGAUGGCCGUCUCCCAGGCCGUCUCGAGCAUCGCGAAUAGCUCUUCAGCUACUAUCACGUCUGCCGUUACGCGAGUAGACGAUGUUGCUCGCUCUCAGGGUUCCUCUUCGUGGCUCGGGCUCAUUGCCCGAUUCGUUCUUUUUAUACUUCAUAUCCUCUCGUCAAUAUUGUACUGGAGUCUUAAACUCACCACAAUAUCUGUGCCAACGUUGCUUUUCACACUAUUCUCUACCACUUGGACAGUGACCAUGAAUGCUACAACUUUGGCUCUGAUAUUGUUACUCAUGGCCUCUGCAGUCACCUGGGUUGUAAGAUAUCGCUACUUAAACAUGUACUCUCGCCUCCCCCCAGAACCACAGCGCAAAGAACCCGAACUAGAUCUCUUCCCUGAUGGCCACGAGGAAGGGGCCAAACCUGGUCUCACUAAUUAUUUAGAUGAAUUCCUAAGUGCUAUCAAGAUUUUCGGGUACCUAGAGCGUCCUGUGUUUCACGAGUUGACUAGGAGUAUGCAGACUAGAAAGCUAAUCGCGGGAGAGACGCUGAACCUGGAGGAGGAAAAGGGAUUCUGCCUCGUUGUAGAUGGGCUUGUGGAGAUAUUUGUCAAGUCCUCUAACCCUAACCAUUCAUCCCGAUCUUCUGCGCCUCGUGAAAGCUCAAUGAACUCUUCUUUCUCCGAAGAUGAGCAGUCUAUCCCUGGCCAACAACGGUACCAGCUGCUGACCGAAGUCCGAAAUGGGAACCCCAUGUCAUCCCUUUUCUCAAUAAUGUCACUAUUUACGGAAGAUGUCAAGCUCAAGCUACCAUCUGAAGAUGCUCUAGAACCGGGCGGUACCAACGAGCAUUCUAGUCAUCAACAUUUGUCUAGUACUACCUUUGCUCGCCAACACGAUAUGCCAGUUUUCUUAACUGAAGCUGCGGAUCCUGACCGGGCCCAUAGAGGGUCCGUAGCGGCCUAUGAAUCUGAGGUUACAGCACCCUCUUCUCCAAGCCAAACCACUUUACCAAGGAUCCCUCCUAUUUCCUUGGACGAUUCACCAAUGCCUCGGAAGCCCCAUCGUCCUGUUCCAAAACGGACCGCCACAUCUGUUCAUCCCGAUAUUAUUGCCAGGGCAACAGUCGAUACAACGAUUGCGAUAAUACCUGCAAGUGCAUUUCGUCGGUUAAUUCGAGUGUACCCCAAAGCCACAGCUCACAUAGUUCAUGUGAUCUUAUCUAGAUUUCAGCGCGUCACUCUCGCUACUGCAUACAACUAUCUCGGCUUAACCAACGAGGUUCUUCACACAGAGAAGAAUAUGAUUCAUUAUACGACUUGCCAACUACCAAACAUACUCAGAGGCGACGCUUUGGAACGUUUGAAGGAGAAAUUCAAGCAGGAGAGGGAGAGGGCUGGCGAAGAGGAAAGCGGCAAAGGAAUUGCUCUGCAUAAUGCCUCAGCGACGGCUCGCCGUCGUAGUUCGUCGACAAGCCUGCGUAAGGAAGCCGCGUUACAAGCAAUGAGCCGCGCGCGCCCUCAGUCCGUAGUGGCUUCUACAAUCGUACCCCCACAAGAGCGCUUGUCGAUCCACACUCCUAGCCCAGGCGAUUUACUGGCUAACGUCCAGAUAGCUCGUGGUGGAGGGUCGUCUGGCACCUUAGAGAUACCAAUCACAGAUCACUUCCCGCCAUCGGAUAUAUUCCGAAAGGCCGAUGCGAGUCCCCUAGGUCAACGUGCUUUCAACCCUUUCUCGACACAGAAGCGAGCUCGUUUGUCAAUUGACCCUCGCGAGUCUGUCGACGAGGACAACCUAUUCAGAGUAUCCGUACUAGAAUGCGUUUUCAAGGCCUUGGGCAUGAGCAGCGGAGGAUCAUCGUCCAGAGGUCCGGGAUCCACAGAAGGGUCUCCGAGAUUAGUUUCCUAUGACCAAAGGCGACAGAAGGCCGUCUUCAGCAGCAACGCGUUUGGGUUUAUGGACCCUUUUGACGGCGCGACGGACUGGGACGCCGAAUCGAUGACUUCUGGAGGUAUCUCGAUGAGUACGCCGAACCCACAGUUUCUUGCCUCGGAGAUGAAGCAUGACGUCGAAAUCGUGUUCUUCCGUCAAGGCUCUGUUUUGGUUGAGCAGGGCGAACGGAGCCCAGGGCUUUACUAUGUCAUUGAUGGGUUUCUCGAUAUAUGUGUUCCUCUAGAAGAUUCGGGAAGUAAUAUCCUAAGCUCUUCGAGCAGGACAUCAACUAGCGCAAUGCACAGAGCGGAAUCCCAGGAAGCUCGGCGGUCGUCACCUCUUGGCCAGGCUAAAGAUUCUGCUCGCAACAGAGGUACUCCCAACGGAAAACCGAAUACCAAACUAGAUCGUCGUCGUGUAGGGCUCGUGAAACCAGGCGGCCUCGCGGGUUAUAUCGGCACUGUCUCGUCAUAUAGAUCAUUCAUCGACGUAGUUGCGAAGACGGACGUAUAUGUUGGCUUCAUCCCUCGCUCGACUCUGGAGAAGAUCGUAGAGAGAUAUCCAAUCGUGCUCCUGACAAUGGCAAAAAGACUGACCAGUCUACUUCCCAAGCUUAUCCUUCACAUCGACUUUGCCCUUGAGUGGGUGCAAGUCAACGCAGGACAAGUCCUAUUCCACAAAGACGAAGAGAGUGAAGCUAUCUAUCUCGUCCUCAAUGGGAGAUUGCGUUUAGUAGAAGAUCGCAGAGAUGGGGGGAUGAAUGUCCGCGCAGAAUUUGGUCAAGGCGACAGUGUUGGUGAACUAGAAGUUAUGACCGAGUCCACUCGUUCCGGAACCUUACAUGCCAUUCGUGCUACGGAGCUCGUUAAAUUUCCCCGUACCUUGUUUAACAGCCUUGCUCAGGAGCAUCCUAACAUCACGAUCAAAAUCUCAAAGAUAAUCGCAGCUCGAAUGCGAUUGCUCGUCGACGAUCCAUCCAACCUCAUGGGUAAAGAUGCUACUGCCGGCACAUCCAUCAACAAGAUUUCGUCAACACUAAACAUCAGGACCGUAGCCAUCCUCCCGGUUAGAGCUGGCAUCCCCGUGGUUGAGUUCGGAAACCGCUUGAUGAACGCUCUUACGCAAGUUGGCACGCCAAAUGGUGCCACGUCCCUCAACCAAGCCGCAAUUCUCAGCCAUCUCGGCAAACACGCUUUCAACAAAAUGGGCAACUUGAAGCUGUCUCAUUACCUUGCUGAUUUAGAAGAGAAGUACGGGUUGGUUGUUUAUGUUGCCGACACGAGUGUGACUUCACCUUGGACCCAAACUUGUAUCACGCAAGCCGAUUGUAUUCUUCUUGUAGGCCUAGCCGAAGGGUCUCCCGAGAUAGGCGAAUACGAACGAUUCAUGCUUGGCAUGAAGUCAACCGCGCGUAAAACAUUAGUUCUCCUUCACGCUGACCGAUACUCUCCACCGGGCCUGACAAGAGCUUGGUUGAGAAACCGCGUCUGGAUUAAUGGUGGUCAUUAUCAUCUCCAGAUGGCUUUCGGGGCAAACACGGUCACCUCGCAUCCACCGGCCAGAAAGGGUGGACCUACUCUAAAGGAGCGUGUACAGAUUCUGCAGGCUGAGAUACAGAAGUAUACAGUCCAGAAGAUACGACAAAGACCUUAUUACUCGCCCGACGCUCCCUAUAAAGGGGACUUCCAGAGGCUUGCAAGAAGACUUUGUGGCAAGUCAAUUGGCCUUGUCCUCGGAGGAGGCGGCGCCCGAGGUAUUGCGCAGAUUGGUAUUAUCAAAGCCUUGGAAGAGGCUGGUAUUCCCAUCGACAUCGUCGGAGGCACGUCCAUUGGAUCGUUCAUUGGGGCUCUCUAUGCGCGUCAUGCUGAUAUAGUGCCCAUGUUUGGUCUAGCUAAGAAAUUCGCUGGAAGGAUGGCAAGCAUGUGGCGCUUCGCGCUGGACCUGACAUACCCAUCCGCCUCCUACACUACCGGUCAUGAAUUCAACCGCGGAAUCUUUAAGACUUUCGGUAAGCACCAAAUUGAAGACUUCUGGCUGGAAUACUAUUGCAACACUACGAAUAUCAGCAAGAGCCGACCCGAAAUCCACACCAGUGGAUAUGCGUGGAGAUAUGUACGAGCGUCUAUGUCGUUGGCCGGUUUGCUUCCGCCACUGUGCGAUGAAGGCAGUAUGCUCUUGGACGGUGGAUACAUCGACAAUCUUACCGUGUCUCACAUGAAGUCUCUCGGUGCUUCCGUCAUUUUUGCCAUCGACGUAGGAUCUUUGGACGACAAUACACCUCAAGGCUACGGAGAUUCUCUCUCGGGCGUUUGGGCAUUCUUCAACAGAUGGAAUCCUUUUUCAAGCAUUCCAAACCCUCCUACUUUAGCGGAAAUUCAAGCUCGAUUAGCCUACGUGUCCAGCGUAGACGCCUUAGAGCGGGCGAAGAUGACUCCAGGAUGCAUAUACAUGCGCCCACCAAUCGACGAAUACGGGACUCUAGACUUCGGGAAAUUUGAUGAGAUUUAUGGAUUAGGCUACAAGUUUGGCAAGGAAUUCCUCGACCGCUUGAAGGAAGAAGGCGUGCUUCCGUUAGUCGAGGAGACCGAGGCGAAAAAGGCACUGAGGAGGACGAUGGCGCCACGUCGUGCAAGUAUAUAGGCACUAAUAGUAAGGGUAAUUCGUAAUAUCACCGUCGAUGUACGUGUCGGCUCGUCACACUGGAACUAUACAUUAUUGGUACAUCUCUUAAUGGUGAUAAGAUAUGAAAAGCGAAGCGAAGGCCUUUUAUUCUGUCUAUUAUACAUACAUGGCACAUGAUAUUCGAUUGCUCGUGGUGGAGAAGUUAGCAAGGUGGUGGGAAGAUCUACAUCCUCAUAGCGGCAUUAUUGCAUCUUCCGACGACCGCGCUCUCUUUCAGGCUAUAUAAACAAUUUCUCGCAAUACUCUUAAUUGUAAUUAUAUAAACACAUAUGCUACCCCGCGUGCUCUUAAGCCAUCAACAGACAAGCUAU